UCUAUAAGAUGGCGAUCACCGCUAAGGACUUUCCAGGGACCUGGCUAGGCGAGGAGGAGUAUCUGGCGCUUCAGGGUAUCAUUUUUGAUAAACUGGAGAUCACGCCGGAUCCCAUCCCCGUCGUCAGCAUGGGAAACCUGAAGUCAGGAGCGAUUCUCUUCAGGUGUGAGGGGGAGAGCUCAAUGAAGUGGCUUCGCACACUUGAUGGCACUGCCGUCAAUGGUGUGGAGCUUAGGGUGGUGGAUGCUAAGAACCUCCCAAAGCCGGUGAAGAUGGCCUGGAAAUCCAGGAACGUCACGAGGCAGGACACAGGGCGGGUCAUGAGGUUGCUGCAGAGGUUGCAUCCGAGCCUGAAGACCUCGAACUGGAGCAUUGUUGGCUCCACUGUAGAGGGGAUGACGGUCAGGAGAAUCGUCCUGAUGGACGAGGCCUCUGCGGCGUACAUCAAAGACCGCCAGUACAUCCUGAACACUGGGAUUGACCGGAGCAUCUUCAAGCUUCUCGAGUACGAUGUAAGGCGUGGGGAUGAACCGGUCAGUGCCAGUGUGACGGCUGAACAGCGUGGGGAUGCGGUGGCGGUCCCGGAAGACUGCCCGCGGACAGAGGAGCAGGCCUUGGAACCAAUAGCGGGACCUAGUGCGAGUGAAGGGCUAUCCGGAGGGACUGGGGGUGCGGGGGAGAAGCUGGUGGUAGAUGAACCUGCUGCCGCUCUGUCUCCCGCAUCCAUAGGCUCGCUGGAGGCCAUAGCUGACCUGGACCUGGGACGGUCCUCGCCGCUGGAGUAUGAUAUCUCCGCGGAUGAGGAGACCGAGCUCGGGGACAGAAUUUGACGUCUGCAGCUCUCUUCGGGGGUUUAAGGGAUCUCACAGCAGUGAAGAUCCAAAGGGAGGGGGAUUUGCGAG